GCUAAAAAGAUUAACCAAGUUGAUGAAAAACGUAUGUUGGAUAAUAUAAUUAGUAUGGUGCUUUUGACAACGAGAAUUUUAUUUCAGGUAAAACCUGAGAUGCAACGCAGAUUUCACCAUCAAAAUACUGGAUCUACAGGUCAUGUACAAAUAUACAGAAGAUUUAGUAGUAAAGAUAAAUAUAUGCGAUUAG